AUGAAAGUCGCAGAGUAUCUGUUUGCCCGCCUACGGCAGCUUGGCAUUGAUUCUGUUCAUGGUGUUCCCGGAGACUACAACUUAGACCUUUUGGACUAUGUUGAGCCUGCUGGCUUACUCUGGGUGGGAAACGCCAAUGAGCUAAACGCUGCCUAUGCUGCCGACGGCUAUGCCAGAAUCAAGGGCAUCUCCGCCAUCAUCACGACUUUUGGCGUUGGCGAACUCUCAGCUGUUAAUGCUAUUGCAGGUGCCUAUACAGAGAGGGCCGCCGUGGUUCAUAUCGUUGGAAUCCCUGCCCGUUCUUCUCAGGACAAUCGUCUGCUGAUUCACCAUACUUUCAAUGAUGGAGAAUAUAACCGAUUUGCGACGAUCCACUCCCAUGUCACUGUGGCACAAACCCGCCUCUGGGACCCUAGGACAAGCCCUGAGCAGAUUGAUGAGGCUCUAAGACAGUGCUUGAUUCACAGCCGGCCUGUCUACAUUGAAAUUCCGGUGGAUUUAGUCCCCGCUUCGGUUAAGGCAGACCGCCUCAAACAGCCUAUUGAGCCUCUUUACCUUGAGCCCAACUCAGAAGCCAAGGAUGCUCUAGAUCAAAUCAUUGCCAAAAUAAAAGAGGCAAAGAACCCUUAUAUUCUCGUCGAUGGAGAAAUCAGGCCCAUGGAUGUCAUUGAUGAGGUCCAAAGCAUCAUCAAGUCAACAAACUGGCCCGCCUUUGCUACGCCCUUUGGAAAAGGACUCUUGGACGAAACCGUGAACAACUUUCAUGGGAUCCACAUGGGUAGCUUUGAUCGGCCAGAGGUAAAGUCCUUUACUGAAAAGGCAGAUUUGGUUUUGAACUUCGGUCCACACCAGAGCUCCAGCAACACUUAUGGCUACUCCAAUAUCCCCAAGUCCGAGAUAGUUGUUGCUUUCAAAGACACACAAGUUCAGGUCGGAAAAACAGUCUUCCGCGAUGUCGCUGCCAAGUACAUCAUUGCUCAGGUGGCAGAAUUCGUGGGCAGCACGUCAGGCCUGCAGCGCUAUGCCGACUACCCUUCACUUCCCAGGGACUACAAGUUGUCGUUUUCCCAAGUGCCCGCCGACAAGAAGAUAGCCCAGGACCAGGUAUGGAGACUCCUCGCAAACAUGAUCCGUCCUGGAGAUAUUGUUCUGGGGGAGACCGGGACUGCUGGGUACGGCGUUCGCGAGAUGCCGCUCCACCCACACAAUCGCCUCUUCACACCAGUGACCUGGCUCUCAAUCGGUUUCAUGCUUCCUGCUACGCAAGGCGCAUCACUUGCGCAGAGAGAGCUAAUCGAAAGGUCGAAGUACCAUGGCCUAAAGAACGGACGAACCAUACUUUUCAUCGGAGACGGUAGUUUCCAGAUGACUGUCCAGGAGCUUGCCACAAUAAUCCGACUGAAUCUCAACGUCAUCAUUUUCCUUAUCAACAACGAUGGGUAUACGAUCGAGCGCUGCAUCCAUGGUCGAAAGCAGGGUUACAAUGAUGUUUCUCCUUGGAGAUACCUCACCGCGCCCAAGUUCUUUGGGGCCAGCGAAGAUACAUAUCUUUCCGUCGCUUCGACCUAUGGCGAGCUGGAGAAGAUUCUCAACGAUGACAAGCUUGCGAACGGAACUGGGUUGCGCAUGGUAGAGAUCAUGAUGGAAAGGGAGGAUGCGCCCAAAGGCCCUUUGUUGCACUAUCUGGAAACCCAGAUCGCAGAGGAAAAGUAG